AUGGCAUCAUUCACAUCCAUUCGCUCCCUUUCGAUGAGCGGUCGAUUUCAGCUCCGUUCUAUCCCAAGGACGAGCCUUGGACCAUCGUCGUCCGUCAACCGUAGCUUAUUCCAUAGCUCAGCACCGGUUCGUGCAUUGAAAGAGGGAGACAGACAUCGAGACACGCAAGAGGUAUCCUCGGAAGUCGAGAGGGAGAAUCACGAGCAUCUCUCGAAACACAAGGAGGGUCUAGGCAAAUGGAACAACCAUCUCGCCAGCAACAGUGAGGCGGAUGUAAAAGCAGACAGAGGCGAGGUAGACACCGUCGAAACCGAGCAGAUGGAGAAAGAAGUUCGCAAGGCAAAGACUAUUCGCAAAGAAACCAAGGGUGCCAGCAAGUAG